AUGGACUCUUUACCAGACUACCAGCUUGUGCUUGCAGCGGCUGUGUCGUUCUUUGGAAUCUACGGAGGCCUUUCGCUAGUGCUUGUCAAAUCGCAAGUACCGCUUUUGGCGGCGGUGUUUGUUGCUUCCAAUAUGAUAUCACGAACCAGUGUUUUUCAGAGAGCUGUGAGACUGGCAGUGCAAAGGCUGCAACGAAGAAAGGUCAGCUUGUUCAGUGGAGGCGAUAAGAACGCUCCUGAAGAACAUAAGCGGUUUGAGGCGCUUGCUAGUACGUCCCAGGUGGAGUUGCUUUCGGCUAUCAAGGCUUUGGAUGCGUACCUGAAGAAUAGCAAGGGCUAUAACGCCAGGAGAAGCAAGUUGUUUAAGUUGCUUUCGUGGAGACAACAGAAGAUGUGUGAGGAGAUCGGGUACCUUCAGAAAUUGAAGCUGAUUGAUGGCCAUAUCGAAAAGAACCAGCAUGUUAUGGAUGAUGUGAUUGGUUGUGUGAAGCAGGAGUAUGGCUUGACGUUUAGAGACUUUGCGUUGCUUGACGCUGAAAAGAACUUGCCAAACACUUCAAGCACGAAUUAUAGAGUGGUGGAGGCAUUGACGCAUUUCGUUAGGGACUGGACGCCUGAUGGUGCUGUGGAGAGGGAACCUUUGAUGGAUUUCGUGAAAGCGGAGCUUAAAAAGGUGAUUCCUGAGAACGAAGCUGCUGAAACGUGUGUGGUGAUUCCAGGCUCUGGUCUUGGUCGUGUGGCUCAUGAAGUGGCGUCGUUUAUGGACUUUGGUGCUGUUUAUGCUGUGGAGUUCUCUGGAUUAAUGCAUGCGUGCAACAAGUACGUCUACCAGGCUAAUAAAAACCACAGCAGCAUCUUCCCAUAUGUUCAUUCGUGUCUGAAUUUUGUCAAGACUCUGUCUCAGUUCCGUGAAAAGAGCUUGCCAACGCCUCAACAACCGUCUAAUUUGCAUAUUUGUCUUGACGAUUUCCGCUACUUCACUGUCCCUAACAGGGAGAAGUACAAGAACAUUGUGGUGGUUUCUGUGUUCUUUGUUGAUACUGCUGAGAAUCUUAUUGAUUACUUGGAUGUUAUCGGUCAGCUUACUACACCAUCCAAACGCAAUCCAGUGAAGAACGGUUACUGGAUUAAUGUUGGUCCAUUGAAGUAUGGCACUGCAGCACAAGUGGAGCUCACUGCAGAGGAACUCCAGCAGUUGAGGAAGAAGAUCGGGUGGAAAGAUACGAAAGUGGUGAACACGUUGAAUAACGAGAAAGAACCUGUCACUGGUUAUAUUACUGAUAGAGAAAGCAUGUGGCAAGGAUUCUACGGUUUAUCCAUGUGGAGCAGCGCCCAGCACGCCAAUUCACGCAAGACGUGGUGA